GAAAAACGUGGCCGAACAUGGUCGGAGGAGUGACGGAAGACGGACCUGUAAUUCGACCCGUCGAUUUUGUGUCGACGACAACCGUAGUCGCACUAUGUAUAGGCGCCGUUUUCCUACUUUGCGCCGUCGCGAUGACCUGGUGGCUUUGUCGACGACGUCGCGAGCACACCAAGCUGAAUUCCGACAAGUCCCUGGCGACCAGGCCGCCCCACAGGAAGCCAACGGCGGUUAAGAGUCCUGGCAGCACCAGCCACUACCUGAAGAAGAGUCCAAGCCCGACGGGGCCCGCGAAGAGUCCCCCUGGUUCCGGUGGACAGACACCCAGCCCGACUGGAUCUCAGUCCUCAAAUCCUGGUUCACAAUCCAGAACACCUCAGGGUACAGGCACCCCUGCCCAGACACCUUCUGGCGAAGUUACUCUAAGCAUCGAGAAUGAACGAGAUAAGGCAGAAAUCGAGAACAACGAGAAAACAGAACACGAGAAAAACCACACGGCAGAGAAUAACGAAGACAACCUGGGUCAACUGCUAUUCAAAUUGCGGUACGUAAGCGAACAGAACGCGCUCGGAGUAACCGUGGUGAACUGCAAAGGAUUACCCGCAAGGGAGCAAAAUGCUACCAGCGAUCCUUAUGUAAAAUUGAAAUUGUUGCCUGAUAAGCUGCAUCAAGCGAAGACCAGGGUGCUCAGAAACACCAGAGACCCUGUGUAUCACGAGGAUUUCACGUUCUUUGGAAUAUCAAAGGACCAACUUCAGAAAAUUAGCCUGCACUUUAUAGUACUCAGCUUCGAUAGAUAUUCCCGGGAUGAUAUUAUCGGUGAAUUGACGUGUGCACUUUCGUCGGUGCCCGAUUUGGAGAAUGCUGAUAACCAGGAGAUAUCAUUGUGUCGAAAGAUAUGCCCCAGGAGCUUGAAAAUUCAAUCCCAACGCAGGGGAGAGCUGCUAGUCUCUCUUUGCUGGCAACCAAUCAACAACCGAUUGACAGUUGUCGUACUGAAAGCACGGAAUUUGCCGAAGAUGGACAUGUCAGGGUUGGCAGAUCCGUAUGUCAAGAUUUAUUUCUUGUACAAUUCUCAACGCAUUGGAAAGAGGAAGACGCGUGUGAAGACACGCACCCUUAGCCCGGUCUUCAAUGAGUCCUUCGUUUUCGACAUACCAAACGGUGCUAAUGGUCUUAACAAUGUCAGUCUCGAAUUCAUGCUGAUCGAUUGGGAUCGCAUUACGAAAAAUGAGGUUAUUGGACGACUCGAGUUCGGUGGCCCGGAGUGUCAAGGAUCCGCUUUAAAUCAUUGGAGAGAAGUUUGCAGCUCACCGCAGAGGCAGAUCGCUGAUUGGCACAAAUUAAGGGAGUAACCAAUCUCUCCCAACCCUAUCAACUUUCCUGGAAUCCCGUCUCCAACUAUCCAAAAAGCCCCACGUCCUUCUCCAUUGUGAAACCACCGAUCCAACCCCUUGAAACCCUACGAUGAAGUAGGGUAUCUGUUUUGUAAACCUAAUACUCGAUAUAUAUUAGGCUUGAAGCGAGUGGCGGCACGUCCACCCGCGAUCGAUGCAACUGCGGAUGCACCGCGUGAAACAUCUAGUUGUUACGUGCCAGCAUGAAACGCGUACGAAGAGUGACUUUUGAUCGCAUGAUAACUUCCGAGUAUAUCGGGGUGUCGAUUUAAUAACGAAACUGCACCUACUUCUCGUUUGGUUACCAAAGGAGUCAUGAUUACAAACCGUGUUUUUCCACAUUUACCUCGUUAGUUCGAAUUUAUUCCGUAAGUUCGUUGAUUUUCAUGAUAACAAAAACUCGUAAAGUAAUACAGACUCUCCUCGAGAAUAAAUGAUAAAUAAAUAUAAAUUAUUUUAGAUUUUUUCUUUGUAUAGUUAACAAUCACGUUAUAUACACUUACCAAAUUCUGAUUUAUAAAGUGAACAACGUCGAGAUUGAAUAUCGAUAAAGCUAUGGAUCGAUAAUAAUCGACGCUUUAAUAUCGAAAGUCGAUACAUCCGAAUUUUUAAUUUUUGAAUAAAAAUCAACAUCCACUCAAGUAACAAUGGAAUGUCAUACAAUAUAACCAUGAUAAAAAUUAAAAUCGCUCAUUUGUAGUCACAAAUAAUUAAUUUCAUUUCCGUAAAUUGAACGAAUUUAAAUCGGUUACUUAUGGACCGUCGGUUAUGUCUAUUAUUGAUCGCAGUAGCAAACGAUCGCGGGAGAAACGCAUACAAAAUGCUUUACGAUAUAAAUAUAGUUUUAAGAUUUCCGACCAGAUGGCAAAGAGAGGAAGAAAAUGAAGCAGUUAAUUACGAAGCGGUCGAGCAUUUGCCGAUUGUUAAACACUGCUACACAGGGUCGUGCUAUCGCAAUAUAGUUGCAUUUUAAUGAGAAAUUUAAAAGAAGGCCCUUGUUACAUGAAUAUAUCAAUACAUGAAUGAGA